GAGUCGUCGUCAUGAACCGUUGGCAGAAUCGCGUGGCCGUGGUGACCGGCGCCAGUUCAGGAAUAGGUGCGGAAAUCGCUCGAAAACUGAUCUCCGCCGGUGUGGUGGUGGUGGCCCUCGCCCGUCGCCUGGAGCGUUUGGAGCAACUGCACCAGGAAGUGUCGGAGGAUCGACGAUCGCAGCUCCACAUCCGACAGUGCGAUGUUACGAACGUGGAAUCCGUGAACGAAGCCUUCGACGCAGUCCAGCGAGAACUGGGCGGUGUGGACAUUCUGAUUAAUAACGCCGGAAAGCUGUCCGGCGGACAGCUGCUAACCAUGCCGCUGGACACUGUGCAGCAAGUGCUGCAGACGAACGUAAUGGGCGUGGUCCACUGCACCCAGCGGGCCUUCGAAUCGAUGAAGGAGCGCCAUUCCGACGGUCAUGUGGUGCUCAUCAACAGCAUUGUAGGCCACUACAUAUUCAACCCACUGCCUGGAAGCCAGCAGGAACUCAACAUGUACCCGGCCACCAAGCACGCGGUCACCGCCCUCACCGAGCUCUUCCGCCAGGAGAUGCGGGAGUUCAAGACGCAGGUUAAAGUCACGAGCAUCAGUCCGGGAUUGGUGGACACAGAGCUCGUACCUUUGGCCUACAAACGGUUGCCCAUGCUGCAGGCAGAGGAUGUGGCCAAUGCUAUAAUGUAUGUUCUCGACACGCCCCCGCACGUCCAGGUGCACGAGCUGACCAUCAAGCCAAUGGGCGAACCCUUUUAGGACACCGCUGCAUUGCUCCACUUUGGCCACUAAAUAUUUCAAAGUACUGGGCAUAACCUCGGACAAAUUUUCUAGCUGAAUAAAUCGUGGAAUGCACCGAAAUAAAACAAAUGGAGCCAACA